UGCAAAAAUACCUUGAGACGUAGUGCUAAAAAUACUGUGAGAUAUAGUACGAAAAAUGCCACGAAACGUAGUACAAAAAAUACUGUGAGAUGUAGUAUGAAAAAUAUUAUGAGACAUAGUACGAAAAAUACUAUGAGACAUAGUGCGAAAAAUGCUAUGAGACAUA